ACUCCUGGCUUCUGUGCCCACACCAAUAACCCCGUGUCCAUGAGGCUCUCCUCACUUUCCCCUCUCUGCUGGCCUUCGGAUGACGCCCGGACCCACCAAAUUCAUCUUGCCAAACGUCUGCCUGGCAGGGGCCCCAUCCUCUGGCCGUUCCUGGGAUUUGAACCAGGGCCGCAGAAGGAAAGGUUCCCCCAUGACCUCCCCCACCCCGGCAUGAUCUGGGAUUGACUGGGUGGGGGGACUGGAUGUGUAUCACAGCAGCAGCUUGAGUUGAUCUAGAGUGUGGGGGAGGGGGUAUCUCGGCUGGGGAUGAUGUUGGGGGGCUGCUGGAGAGAGGGGGAACUGGGAACGAAGACGCUGCGCGAAGCGUUGGGGGAUCCUGGUUCUGUCCAUGCAUCUGCCCAUCCCUAGGUCCCUGGAAUGUCAGUCCGUCUGUCAUCCUUCUCUCGCAUAUCCAUCUUAAUGUCUGUCUGUCUGUCCCUAGGUUGGCUGGCUGUCUGGCCGUCCAUAGGGUGCCUGUCCAUCUGUCUGUCCAUAGGGUAUCUGUCUGUCCAUCUCCAGGAUGUCUGGUCUUCUGUCUGCUUGUCUCUAAGAUGUCUGUCUGCCUACCCUUAUGGUGUCUGUCCAUCCCUAGGAUGUCUGUCCAUCUGUCUGCCUGUCUGUAGGAUGUCUCUCUGCCUGCCCUUAGGGUGUCUGUCCAUGCCUAGGAUGUCUGGCCAUCCCUAGGUCCUUGGAUUGUCUGACUCAUCCAUCUGCUCUCUGACUCCCUCCACACCCCCUCGGCAGCACGGUCCAGAUGCUGGUGCACAAAUCCACCCACGGAUGGUCCCGUGGGCCCCUCUCUGGGCGGAUAGGCAGGGUGCUCCUUGGUUGGCUGCGGCAGCCGGUGUCACAGGGGCGGGAGGUGUUGGCUAAUGGGGGCGGGGAUGGAUGGGACCAAUGGGCCGUGCACCUGUUGGUGGCAGGGCGCGUGUAACCCCACGCUGGAUGUUUGACUUGCCCAGUCAGCGGCCGUGCAGAGACACCCGCUCCAUGGGCACUGGACUCCAGGGGCUUCCUUCCACUCGGGCGCAGAUGGAAACGGCGCUCCCCACUGUUGGCAAGGAAGGAAACCACCACAAAAUAACCAAGUUCACCUGAGGUGUCUGUGAAGGCAGGAAGAUGCUGUGGAAAGCGCUGCUGAGGAUGGAGCUGGGGGGAACGGGGAACCGGGCCCCCUCCAUGCACUGGCUCCUGUCCCCCGCCCUCCGGUACCGAUCCACUUCUGUCAUGGAUAACCACCAAGUGGAGCUGGCCCGAGAGCGAUCCAAGACAGUCACCUCCUUCUACAACCAGUCAGCCAUUGACGUCGCAGCGGAGAAGCCGUCUGUGAGAUUGACGCCCACCACCAUGCUGUAUUCGGGACGGUCGCAGGAUGGCAGCCACCUCCUGAAAAGUGCCCAUUACCUUCACCGCGAGCUGCCCGUCCGCAUCGCCCAUCGCAUCAAGGGCUUCCGCAGCCUCCCCUUCAUCAUUGGAUGCAACCCCACCAUCCUCCAUGUGCAUGAGCUGUACAUCCGAGCCUUCCAGAUGCUGAGCGAAUUCCCCCCGAUCAAGGACCAAGAGGCAGAAUCCCGGUACUGCAAGCUGGUUCGGCAGCUGCUGGAUGACCACAAGGACGUGGUGACGCUGCUGGCUGAGGGGCUGCGGGAGUGUCGCAAGCACAUCCAGGACGAGAAGGUCAUCCGCUAUUUCCUAGACAAGACGCUCACCUCCCGGCUGGGGAUCCGGAUGCUGGCGAUCCAUCACCUGGCGCUGCACGAGGAAAAGCCGGACUUCGUGGGAAUCAUCUGCACCCGUCUCUCCCCAAAGAAAAUCAUUGAGAAAUGGGUGGAUUUUGCUAGGCGUCUGUGUGAGCACAAGUACGGGAAUGCCCCGCGGGUGCGGAUCAAUGGGCACGUGGCUGCUCGCUUCCCCUUCAUCCCCAUGCCCCUCGACUACAUCCUGCCGGAGCUGCUCAAGAACGCCAUGAGAGCCACCAUGGAAUCUCACCUGGACACUCCGUACAACGUGCCCGACAUUGUCAUCACCAUUGCCAACAACGACAUCGACCUGAUCAUCAGGAUUUCGGACCGGGGUGGCGGGAUCCCCCAUGAGCACCUGGAGAAGGUGACGGAUUAUCACUUCACCACGGCGGAGUCCAGCGCCCAAGACCCCCGCAUGAACACCCUCUUCGGGAACAUGGUGGAUAUGGUCAACAGCGGCCAGUCGGGCCCGAUGCACGGGUUCGGCUUCGGGCUGCCGACCUCCCGGGCCUACGCCGAGUACCUGGGGGGCUCGCUGCGCAUCCAGUCCCUCCAGGGCAUCGGCACCGACGUGUACCUCCGUCUGAAACACAUUGACGGCAAGGAGGAGAGUUUCCGCAUCUAGAGAUUUCCCCCCCUCUCGCUGGCCCGCGGCCCCCUCCGGCUCCGCAUGGACAUCGGCUUUGCUUCCCGUGACUCUGUGCUUGGAUAUCUACGGACCCGAUCCCACGGCCCUGGACUCCUGGGUUCCCAGCGUCUCCGCAAGGGGGCAGGACUUGGUGCUUACGGACAGGACGUCGCCUCCUGCUGGUUAUUCCAGUCCCGCCCCUGGGAGCACCCUAAUGGAUUCUUUAUUCCAGGGGGGCGGGGCAUGGGUCGGCCCCAAUCCCAAACAGGUUUUGAAGGCAACGGACGCUUCCCGGCGCACGUACCUCCAUUGGUAGCUCCACACUGCCAGCACCUUGCACACUCGUUUUCUCACCCUUGUUUCAUUCCCUUCUUCUGAAGAAACCAAAUCAAAGGAUGGCAUUGGAGUGGGGGGAAGACUUUUAUUGCUGCGCAUGGCUCCAGACUCGCUCCCUCACCUGUCUCUCCAGCCCCACCCCUUCACACUUUGGACAGGGGAAGAUUUUUAUAGUUGCACCUGGACGCUGGAUUCCCCUCCCACCCACUGCACAUGGUUGAUGCCAAUUCUCGCCCUGUUUUUUGUUUUCCUGCUUUCUCGUUUAUUUCGGGGGUGGGGGUGGGGCAGGAUGUGGAUUUGACUCCCCUCCUCGGGGGUGGCCGGGGGGACCAGACCCGUGACGUGUAUCUCGCUGUGAUUCCGAUUAAAAGUGCCGAUUCUGAAAGGCGGCGCGGCCGUGUGACUCUGUGCCACAGGGAGCAGGGCAGAGCUGUGGUUCCUAGCAUCGUUGUGAUCAUCUAGUCAGACACAAGCCAUACAAGCUUCUGCGAAUUAACUCCUGUUUGAAGUAGAGCAGAUCUUUUAGGAAAACAUCCCAUCUUGAUUUUAAAAUUGCCAGUAAUGGAGAAUCCA